CAACCCCCAGGCCCAGGCACACGUACCUACCUUACCCAAAGUCUCCACGACUUUUCUUCAACCUCCAGAUUUUCCUAAAUCUUGGCCUUGUUACAAGUUGAUUCUGCCGGAGACAAAUCAAACACCGAUUUCUUCGCUUCCAACUCUUUCGUCCUGCGGAAUGUGAUCUUUUGCUCAUGAUAACGAAUACACCUUGAGAAGCUGCUGAUCACUGUUCGUUCGUUGCUUUCAUCUUCAUCUCCACCUUGCAUCACAUUGAAUUAUUGGCGGUUUUGACAAUAUUCAUCUCUGACGACUCGAUUCACCAACUACUGCGAUCAUCUUCUCGGCAUCUUUAUUCGAUCUGUUAUAUGGUCUUUGGCUUCUACUUUAUCUUAUUUCUCAACAAUACAUACUGCGACAAAAUACUGUUCCGGUUGUCUAUCGUCGAUCCCCCAACACCGUUCCUCCGUAGCUGCCGCUCCGGUUUAACUCUCGGAUCACCCGGGCAUUUGAGCGAUAACUGCCACUUUCUCGAUUUCUCAGGUGUCACAACUUACUCUCAUUUCUGUGAUCGGCCAAGCAUAUCAAGAGAAUUUUAAGCUUAAUUCUCGUCCAAUUCACUUGCUUACUUCCAUAUUGGCCUUGUGAGAUCCCGAUCUCGGCAUCAUGCCCGCCUCACCACUAUGGGCUCUUAUGCCCCGCGGCGACCAUUCCUCAUCGCCAGAGAGCGAUCAGUCUUCGACUUCAGGCACUACGGGAAGUGUGUAUCCUUCAGAUUCAUUUGCGGAUGACCUGUUUCGCGAUAAGUUCAUGAGCCUCGCCAAGGGAGGCUCCAAUGGGGAGAAAAUCAUGCGUGGCUUUCUGAUCGGUCUCGCGAUUGGCCUGGUUGUCGCAUGCUUCGUUUGCUGUUGGUACCCAUGCUGUCGACCACGACUCCAAAGGCAGCGUCGAAGACAACGAAGGCGCCGAGGGCCCCCCGCAGCAGACGAAGAAGAAAAUGCAGAAAGUCGUGUACCUCCUCCUGCAUAGCGCUUAUCAUAGCCAGAUCAUGGAUAUGGGGAGGGUCUGGAGUCGCCAGGUUGACGCUUUAGCCGAAAGAAAGGCGGUAACCAUUUCACUUGCGACAGCUUUGGCAAAACGACAAUGAUCGAAGACAACUUGCAAGAUCGAUAUGACACGAUACGAAUACACGAAUAAGCGCAAGAAGACUAUGCAUAGAGUUGCGAACCGUCAGCUUUGAACACACCGCUCAGCACACACGCAUUCAUUCACAAUGCAAUCCAUAGGUCCAAUGAAAGUGUUGUGUGGCCGCGGACCCGAAGUAAGAGCCUCGCACAUAAGUACUGCAUACUCCUACCAGGCCAAGUUUAGACUUCGUGUUGUUGGUCUGGCAUGAGGGAGCCUGGGCAAGCGCGAUGAUAGCUAUGCAUAACCAGGGGACCUUUGCAAUCGAGGGGAGAGGAAGAGGUCGAGCAUACCUACAGCAUUAAAGGUGGACUAUGACAUGAAUUUCCAGAAGAAGGCGAACCAAAAAGGACAUGGUAUUGAAUUUGCAUUGGAUACAAGGCGUUCAGGGACGAUGUAUGCAUUUGGGACUGUUUAGAGGCUACACCACAGCCGGCGUGGACAGCAUCUGGAAUUUUAAGCAUCUCACGGCGCUUUCGCAGCCUGUUAGACAGAGAGAGGAGAGUAGAGAGUAGAGAGUAAUCAGUUCUCUACAAUAACAAACCAUACUCUGUAAAUUCAAUAAUGUGAUACUUGCAUACGCAAUGGAAUGAAAUAUCAGG